AUGUUUUUGAAUGGACACAUUUAUAUGACUUGGAGUGAUGAUAAAGCUACUUGGGACCCUUCUUUAUUUAAUAAUGUUAGAACAACUAUGAUAUCUCGUCGAUCACACGCAACAUUAACAUCAAUAACUCCAAAUAAAACAAAAGUAGAAAGUUACCCAACAUUUUCUGUUCGUGUUGGAUGUAAUUUUAAUUUUAGAGAUUAUCCAAAUGAUGAACAAAAUUGUGCUGCCCGUCUAUACACAACAAAUGUUAUGAGUGAAGUUGAAUUAGCAAUUUAUUAUAAUUUGGAACCUUCAGUAAUGCUUGGUUGGGGGAAUCAAUCAAUCAAAAAAAAUAUACAAGAAUGGGAAUUAUUGUCAGUUAAUGCUAAUUUAAGUUUUUAUAAAAGCCACAGAAAAUAUUCUAAUGAAAGGCCAAAUAGUGCUUAUGAGGCACAGAGUACCUGGACAUUAAUUAUUUUAAAUUUAAAAUUUCGUCGAAAUUCUCCACAAUAUUGGUUGGGGAUUGGAUUGCCCUGUUUUGUUUGUUUAAUUAUUAUUUUACUUUCUUUUUUGUCAACAAAAAUUGAAUUAUCUAUUGGACUUUUAUUGGCUAAUUUUGUAUUAGAAUCGGUUUUGUUACGUGAUGCUCUUCAAACUUUGCCUCCAGCAGCGGGGGAAAAUCCAAAAAUUGGUUGGAGUUUUUUAAAAUUAAUUAUUUUAAUCCCCUUCCUAUCAUUUGUUUAAAAAGAAGGAAAUCUAUUUUUUAAUAUUAAUUAGAGUUAGCGUUUCCGGACCCAAAAAAUGAUUCGGACAUUUUAUCAGCGGAUAUGUCGGAUGCAGAUAUCAAUCUCACGGAUACAUCCGAACACGGAUAGCAAAAUCCGCGUCCACACCUUUUAGUAAUUCCAGAAAGAGAAAACGAAUUUAACCCAAUUUUCUGCCAAGUCCUCUCUAAAUUCCAAGUUUAUAUUACACCAAUCCACCAUAGAGCCAUCUUUUAUUUUUUCAAAUUUACCAUAACUACCGUUCUUUCAAAAAACAUAAAUACUUUUCUCUCCCCCUCUAA